CGACCCUCAACCACGUUCCGGACCCAGUUGAAACGCAUUGCAGAAAAAGUCCCGGCGGAAGAGGAAGAGGAAGAGGAAGACCCGCCCAAUACCCAUCUCCGAUCACGCAUUAGUUGAGAGAAGGGAGUUAUGGGGAACAGCCUGCGGUGUUGCUUGGCGUGCGUCCUUCCCUGCGGUGCUCUCGACUUGAUCCGGAUCGUCCACUUGAGCGGCUACGUCGAAGAGAUAACACGUCCCAUCACGGCCGGGGAGGUCCUGAAGGCGCACCCGAACCACGUCCUGAGCAAGCCAUGCGCGCAAGGCGUGGUUCGCCGCAUCCUUAUACUCUCUCCCGACUCCGAGCUCAAGCGGGGCUCCAUCUACUUCCUCAUCCCCGCUUCUUCUCUUCCCCAAGAUAAAAAGCGGGUGUCCUCCAAGACCAAAGCUCCCCGCAAGAAAUCGCACCCUCACGGUGAAGACGUCCCCGACUGCGAUCACCACCUUGCCAUCUCCAAGAAGAAAUCCUCCUCCUCCUCCCGUAGAGAGCGCCGGCACAGCCGCACCGACAGUGCUUGGAAGCCCCACCUCGAGAGCAUCCACGAGGACUCAUAACACAUUAGACGUGUUAUUUUUCGGUGAGAGGAGUUCUUGGUUUUUGCGGAUACAAAGAUUUUUCUGUCUUGUUGGUUCCGUCUGCGUGUAGUAAUGGCAGAUGGAGAAACGUUGGCUCGAAGAUGAGUUGAAGCAUCCCACAAUGACGCAACAAGUCUUAUGACAGAGAUUCUACUUUUUGUACCGUUUGAACAACUUGUAUAUACAUCCCAAGUUGUAAGUACAGGUUUUUACUGUCUUGUCUUUUUCUUCGCUGAUGGAGAAGAAGAAAGAUUUGGGCAGUCGGUUUUGUCUCUUCUGAAAUAUGAAGGAUCACCUCUCUGAGUGACCUUUUGGUUC